GGGGCACUGCAGCACAGAGAGAGAGAGAGAGAGAGAGGGAAGGAGGAAGGAAAUCCUCAUCUGCAGACAAAAGACGGAGCUGUUUUCUUGGACGGAGCAUUUGUUUACCUCCGAGGCUUCAAACUGUUUUCCACUACGACGCGGCAGCACACCAGCCCGGGGAGGGACAAAAAACUCUGGGAAUUAUAAUUUACCCAUCACUUUGGAAGUGAUAUAAUUACUUCAAGCGGACCUGUGGAUCUUAUUGCACCCGGUGAUUUGUUUUAUUUGUUUUUUACUCGUGUUUAUUUAUUAUAAUGCUACUAUUCUGAGCCAAUGGUGAUGUCCCGCCAGUGACAUGUCCCGUCCGCUCAGACUACCAAACCCGUCCGAUGGCCCGCCCGCAGUAACGGGGAGGGAGGAGGGGAGCAGAGGACAGUCACCCGUUGGUGCCGGCGGAGCCGCGGCGCAAACCCCCCGCGCAGCGCCGGCGAACGAAAGCGGCGGACGGUGCCGCGGCCACGCCGCUCCUCCCGGAGGGAAGGGGGACUCGCCGUCCCGGGGAGCCGGCCCGCCCAUCUCACCGACUAACAGCCUGUCCGGAUAUCAGUUGAGGUCGCCGCUGUUCCGGCACCUGUCUCGCUCCUCUAGCGGAUAUUUCUCGUACGACGGCGACUCGUUGCCCGGCUCCCCGAGGCCAGCAACGGUGGACAAGGCCACACAGACUCCGAGCCCCUCCGGCCAGGCGGUGACACACGCCGUGCUGCGCCUGACCGAGGAGCACCCGCACGGCAGUCCUUCCAGCCCCUCUAGGACGCAGCCACCAAACACAGCAGGGGACAUGCAGAGUAUUGGACAAGAGCUCCGACGCAUAGGAGACGACUACAAUAGCCUCCUCAUGCAGAGGAGGCCGGCAGGCAGACAUGAACCGGCUGUAGUGCCUCCAAACCUGCUGCCACACAUCCACCAGGAGCCCACCUUCCUGCUGUGCAUGGGCCUCCUGCUCCUUCUGAUUGGGCGGGUAUUCUACUUGCAGGGGAGUACGAACAGCCACCAGGACCACUCUCGGGUCUAGCCUUUGGGAAAACCCAGCAGACGUAGCAUCAUUCCUUUGUUAAGAACCUGUGACUAUGUUGGACCUAUCAUAUGUUGAAUUUUCUUUUGCUUUUGAGGAGUUAAUUAGUCCCUCUUUCCUCCCCUUUCCCGGAAUCAAAUGGGGAAAGUGGCUUUGUUUCUUUUUUAUUUAUGUAAAUAGCUUUGCAAUAAAGGAAGAAGAACUCACUUCCUUUAAGGCCAUAUGAAAUUCAACAACACUUUGAUUCAUUUUUGCACUUCUGUUUUUCCUUUAUGGAUUCUGAGCCCCAGUAGUACCACCAAAGAUGGAGCCUAGCGCCAGGAUUUUGCACUCCCUUCCAGCGCUGAGACAAAAAUGUCAUCCAAUGAUGUCUCCAUGGAAGACGCCGCCUGUGGAAAAUCAAAUGUGCCUUGUACAGUUUUUCUUUGUUUUUCUGCUGUUUACCUUUUUAUUUCUUAUUCAGACUUUUUGUUGUAUAUUAUGUCUUUUAUGUUCCCUGUGAAUUUUACAUUCGCUGCAGGUUACACUUGUUGGGUCCAUUCCUCAAAUUUAACUAAUUUCAUCUUUUACCCCAGAGGAUCCAGACUGAGGAAAACAUAUUUGCACUCCUAUCAUAUGAGGACCCUGCUGCAACAGAUUUAAGACCAAUAUGGGUCCCCUAAGAAAUCCCACUCAAAGUUUAGGGCCAACGUGCAUUUCUACCCCACCCUGGUACAAAAUAUUGCUCAAAUGCAGUCUCAUUAAGGUGUUCCUACCAUUCAGGACUUUAAAAUGUUGGAUGGAUGUCCAUGUCUACAUAGAAAGUACAUAACAGAAGGACACAGCUCAGUCUUUUCAAAAACACAAAUGAAUUGAGAAAUGAUGCAGAUAUGAUCUCAAAAGGCAACAAAAUUCCCAGACUUUUCCAAGACUUUUCCUUGAUGUGAUGCAAAUUUCCAUGCCUAAUACUGCAUUCAGUUGUGCUUGGAACUUGGAAAGCCCCAAGUUGAUUUUCCAAGUUUCCGGCCUAAUUGCCCUUUAGUGCUUGUAUGCAGAAAAGCAUGGGAUGCCCCUUCUCACUUUUACCAACUUCCGUUAGGACAAUUUGUUAACGUUACCUAUUAUUCAAACCCGGUGCAAAGUUGUUGCAGGACAGUUUCACAACACAUAAACUCCAUAUCUUCUAAAAUAAAGUUUUGUGUAAAGUAUAAACCGAUCGCUGUUCACUGUGUAUGCCAACAUGCUGAUGUGAGGUGGCAAACCUAGGCUACAGUGAUCUUGCCCAAGUUUCCAACCGGCCACUCUGAUUCGAACGCCUGUUCAUUUGAUCGUUUGUUCUGACAAUUGACUGCAGCAUCAUAUUUAUCAGUGUCAGUAUUCAAUUGUUGCUGUUUUGUUGCAAAAGCCCAAAGGUUUUGUUUGGGCAUCUCCAAUGGGAAUUCUGUAAUCAAGAACUUUGGUAUUUGGAUUCUUAUUAUUUCAAAGGUACUUUAAGUAGAUUCAUUAAGCAGUCAAGCAUAAGCUUAUGUGCUUGACCAAAAACAAGUUAGAACAAAUUUCACUUUUCCAAAAUCUCAAGCACAUGUGUUCUCCAUAACUUUUCCAGGCCUAGGAACUUGAAGAAUCCAUGUUGUUUCAGGUUUUCCAUAACCAAAGGAACCUCACUCUACACCCUAUUAAAGAGGAGUCAUUGCAGAUAGACAGGUUGACCUGUUAAUAUGUAAACUGAACUUCCCAUGAUAGAUUUUAUUCUCUCUGUUUGAUUCAGUUGUGCAUUAACAGCUUUUGACACAGUGACCAGUCCGGAAGCUUAACCCUUCGUCUACGACUAAAGGCCUUUCUGUGCCUCUGUAAGCAGUGGAGCCAGUUGAGAUGGUGAGAGAUGAAGGCGCAAUACUUUUUCCCUACAUAUUAAAGGCUAACUCACAAGAAGUUUCAGUAUCAGUCACCUUUAUCAGCAAUUACCAGAAGUUGCCAGAAUAAAAUGUUGCCAUUUUACAUUUCUGCAAACCAACGUUGAAAUGUUAACGAAAAAUAGGUUGCAUAUCAACAUUUACUUAUAGCUAAUGUAGCUAUUUUAGACACUUUUGUUUGCUUUGCUAGCUUUUUUAGCCACCAAAACUACCUGCUUAAGGUUCUGGAGAAGUUUGUUGUCAUGGUUAAGGUUAGGAAAAGGUCAUGUUUGACAAUGACAUUUGUAGAAACAAAGUCCUGUUGCUUGUGCCAUCCACCGCCCAACCUACCUCCGAAUGUGGUGUUUUUCACUCACUUUAUAUGUCACAAAACCUGAAAACGUGUCAUUUGAACGUAUCCUUUGUUUGCAGAAUCUUAAAAUGCCAACAUUUUUCCUGGUGACUGUGCAGAGACCUCUCUCAAAAAUGCAUUAAGAGGUGAUUGACCUCCUUGCUUCUGUUAUAUUCAGCAUUAAAGAUCGAUGUACUUGAGCUGAACCGUUACAGAGAUCAGCAACACUGAAGUAAAACUCAGAGCAAGAUGAUGAACAAAGUAAAUUAAAUUACUGUCAUUCAGUCAAAUGAAUUAACAAUGUAAAUUACAAACAUCAUUUUUUCACCCUUUAUGCUUUUACAAGUAGUAGUUUCCCAUUGUUAAUGUCAGUGCAUUUAAUUUAUCUCUGAUAACUGAUCAAAUGAUACCAUCGUCCACUCAUUGUGUUGCGAUUCGGCCUCUGGAAUUAGCAUUAGCAUCGGCGCUCGCCGCCAGCCUCAAAUUUGGCAGGCAUUUGGUUGUUGACAAGGUCAUGAUAUCCUUUUAUUGGCGUCAUGAUUCAGACCCAGCCAAGUCUCCUUACGUCUGCCAGGUCAUUAAACACUCUCAUAGAAAGCUUUCUGGACACGAACCAAGCUAUGAAAGCUGCAGAGUACAGCAGCAGAGCUUCACACUGGCUCACAGUAAGCUAUAGCAGCUUCUGACCUUUUUGUUUGUCUAAACCAACCUAGCAAUUAAUAAACCAACCCUUUCAAUUAAUAAUUAGGAUUAAAACUCAACCUCCAAACGAAACCAAAAAAAAAAGUCAACAGAGAAACAGUAGAGUGAAUUUUGAAAGAAUGGGGUAAUUUUUAUAUGCAAAAAAUAGGCCUAUGCAGUGGAUCUCCAUUGUACACAAAAUGAGACACACUUUUCUGAUUUGUCAAACUGAAUUCUUGCCAAGAUGUUUUGCUCCAUUCAUCUUAUUACUGUAAUUCUGAACAAAGUUGAGCAUUGUAAACACAGAAUGGUGAUGAAGAACGGAAAAAAAAGGUAAUUAUGCAACUAUGAAAAGCUUUGUCCUUAAGCGCCUUACUGUAUCAUGAAUGCAUAGCAUGUAUUUUUAAGCUUGAUAGCUGCAAUGGGAAUUAAAUCUCUAAUGUAGGUGGCUUUUCUCAUUUGCCAUGUUCUGCCCAUUCAACUACAGCAUACCACAAACUACACAAGCUAUAUUUCAAAACGCCAGUAAUGCAGUGGGAAUACUCACCAAAGAGAAUGGUUAAAGGGUUUUUUGGAUGUUACAAGUCAAGUGCUGGACCAUAUAUUGGUUAGUAUCUGGGUAUAACUGGGUUGAUUGUCAAUCAAAAUCAUCUCAUCUGUGGGGAGCGGCACCCUGUCAAGAAUGCAAAAUGGAAAAUCAGUCGUUUCCAAUGUGCCAGGCUAGAUCAGUCAAAUGGUGGAAAAGACAUUUGAAACAAUUCCACCAGUGCAUUUACAAGGUAGUUCAGUCCAGGCCUGGGAUGAGAUGAGGAACUCCAUUACCACUGCAGCAUUCUGUUGCAGAUGUAUUGCAUUGUUAAACUUUUGUUGGUUUUGACCUGCUUAUACAUUGGUAAUGCCAAAACAAUUUCUCUGUUAUGAUCUGUUUGCCAUCUGUCUGUGAAUUUGGAGAUGAAAACAAUUUGUCAGCAAAUCACAGUUUCAACAAAAGUUGGUGUGGUAAUACAGUCGAUAAGCACUUGUAUUCAGUUUCGUCUCAUCUCAGGAGGACAUAUGACCUAAAUCCAUAUUUCAGCAAAUAUCUCAUCUGUGGAGUUUCAUGUUUUAAUGGUAUGAAAUCAACCAUUCAGCAACAAACUCUCCGCAAGCACUGCAUUGUUGUUGUGCACAUAAAUGGCAAGGACAUGGGUCAUGAAUUUGAAUAGAGUAACAAGAUUUUACGGUCUUGUGUGAUUUAGAAAACCUGUGUUUUACUGCAUGAACUGCUGUUGCGCCAACUCUGGCAGCGCAACAGCCUUUGGAAUCUUUGUGAAAUGAGCAGAAACUCAAUAUAAUGAAGAUUACAUGUUGCAGGUACAAGUAAUGUUGAUAUUAUCGUCCUCCACCGCAAAAGGAUCAUGUGUCCGUUGCAUGAAUUUACCACGGCAUUUUCAUUGUUUUGUGCUGUGCAAAGCUAAUGGUUAACUGUAGUUAAGUCAACAACCCUGGUCAAGGUUAAAUUAAGGUUUUGGUCAUGGUUAAAUGAAAUAAACGUUUGCUGAAAAUGAUUUGAGAAUUGAAGCCAGAUCAUCCAAGUUUAAUGUAAAUACAAAGUGUCCCCACAUCUGCACCCCCACCCUGACCACAUCCACGUCCUUACUUCUACUGCUCUAUGUCAACAUCCAGCUACUUCCUGUUUCUAGCCGAGUCUCCUCCACCUAAUCCUUUCCUGGUAAGGAAACAGUGCAUUUUCAAUAGUCAUGUUUUUUUUUUUAAUAGAAUUUCUGAUUGGGUGUGAAAGGAAUCUAUUCAGGUCUAGUUACAACUUUAGAGAAAGAGCAGGGGUGACCUUAAGCACCUUAAUCAUCGGGGGCCCGUUUCAAGAGAUAACAUGGAGACCACCACCAUCAUCACCACCCAAAGACAAAAAACACCAUCAGUAAUGGUAUAGCCUAUAUUUCCAGACUUUGAUUUAAAUGCAUUGUGUGCACUUUCAGCAUCAUAGAAAUGUUCCCAUCAGUUUGCUUGAUUAAAACUGAAACAGGAAGUGCCUCUGUAUUUUCGCUUGUUCAGCUAGGCGGAAAAAGGGUUGGGUUUUUGCCAAAGUCCCAGCACUAGAGAGGGGCAGAUAUGCAGGCAGUGCCUCCAUAUUUUCCCUUCUCCUGGUAGGCAGAAAAAAGGGUUUGGUUUUUCGGCUAAGUCUGAGCACCGGAGUCGGGAGGGGCCCUUGGGAAGGUGGGGCCCGAUUGAAAUGGGUGAAGCAUAGCUCAGGCCACCACUGGGAAAGAGCAGAUCUCAGUGGCGGUUGCUGUACUACUGGGAGACACUUGCAGCAUAGAUGCAGGAUGGCAUGGCUGCAAAUAGGACAAGAAGAAACAUUUCAGGUUCCAAAUAUCUUGUUUGGAAAUGAACGAUAUUCAGACCUGUGGUUCUCCAGACCAAAUUCACUUGCUUUGCUUUUGCUCUGCCAUGUCAUUUCACUCAAUGACUGUGUGUUACUUUCUGGUAUUGUGCCAUCUGAAACCUAAGACCUCAUUUCAAAGUACUGUAUCACAGCGGUUAGAAAGAGAAUCAAGGAGGAAACUGAAAGAUGAAUUAUCGUCAUGUGAAAGUGAUAUGGAAACCUGGUAGAGCGCUGAUUCACCGCCUAUGAUUUGUAGGUAUUACAGUACAGGAAAAAAAAAAAAAAAAAAAAAAAACAGUCAUUCGCUCCACAAUUCUGUGACAUUCAGGGUUUUAUUGAUGUGCGCAGAUACUGCUGGAGCAGCUUUGCAACUGGUGCUGAAGACGUCCAAAUUUGUGCUCAUUGGGUUCACGAAAAAAACAAAAAAACUGCACAGUGUCAUGGAAAGGACAAAAGGCAGACAUAAGAGAAAACGUUAUGUUC